CCACCUCGUCCAAAUUUCAACCAACAGCAGCCUCGACCAAACAUCAUGCAACAGCAAUCCCGCCCCAACUUCAUACCCCGUCCGAACUACCAACAACAACAACAACCCCAACAGCCAGCCCAAGGGUCCGGUUCAAGCUCGUCAAACCAAGAUGACAAGCUGGACAAGAUCCUUCAGUUUAUCACCAACCAGGACUCAUCCAUUAAGCGUCUCGAGACGCAAGUGGGUCAGCUCGCCACAAGAGUCGAGAACAUGGAAGCCGAAUCCGACAAAGGGAAACUUUCGAGCCAGCCAGAGCAAGCCAAAGCAAUAACCGUGUUGAGGAGCGGUAAGGAAGUGGAUAACAAAUUGAGAAUGCCCGAGCCCGACGACCCCAAGCCAACCGACCAGCCCAAAGAAGCAAGGGAGAAUGCAAAGAGCAAGGAGGCCGACGUAGAAAAGCCGGCGGAUGGCUCAAUGUUGCACAAGUCUCCAAACCCAUACAAACCACGCAUUCCUUUCCCAAGCCGACUUCGAGAUGAGAAGCAGGAGCAGCAAUUCCAGGACCUAUACAAGAUGCUCUCAAAGGUCAAUGUCAACCUACCACUUCUAGACGUGAUCAAGAACAUGCCAUCCUAUGUGAAUUUCUUCAAGGACAUAGUGACGAAAAAGAGGAAAUUUGUAGAUGGAGAGAAAGUGGUGGUCUAUGAGGCGGCGAGUGCCAUUCAACAUGAUCUCCCGAAGAAAGAGAGGGACCCCGGGGGUUUCAUGAUAAAGAUUGCCCUCGGGAACGGGAAUGAAGCUUCGGGGAUGCUUGAUCUCGGAGCGGGAAUCAAUCUCAUGCCAUUCUCUAUCUUCCAGAGGCUCGGUCUAGGAGACUUGAGACCCACCCGUAUGUGCUUACAGCUAGCCAACCGUUCAAUCAGAUACCCCAAGGGGGUAGUUGAAGAUGUCCUUGUUCGUGUCGGGAAGCUCAUUGUCCCAGUAGACUUUGUGGUACUGGAUGUGAGGGACGUUCACGAGAACGGGAAGGACCACACUAUCCUUCUCGACAGGCCGUUUAUGGCCACCACCAACACCCUCAUUGAUGUCAAGAACGGGACCUUGAACAUGACGGUCCUAGGCGAGUCCGUGUCUAUCUCUGUCCGGGAGGCCACAUCUGGCCCUUCGGCGAACUAUGUGGAGGAGUGCGCCUUUGUUGAUGCGAGUGACUCGUUUGUGGAGGAGAUUGCCGGAAUUAGCCCUUCCACAUGCAUGCACUGGAUCAUUUUAGAGGAAGGUGCCAAACCAUUUCGGGAUAGCCAGCGGCGGCUCAACCCGAACAUGAUGGAGGUAGUAAAGAAGGAGGUGCUAAAACUUUACUCCGAGGGCCUCAUUUAUCCGGUGAAAGAUAGUGAGUGGGUCAGCCCCAUUCAUAUGGUCCCCACCCGUAUCACUACAGGGUGGCAAAUGUGCAUUGACUACCGGCGACUCAAUGCCGUGACCAAGAAGGACCACUUCCCGUUGUCGUUCAUUGAUCAAAUUCUCGACCGACUCUCGGGCCACCAGUUUUAUUGCUUCCUCGACGGACUCUCGGGCUACUACCAAGUAGCCAUAGCUCCAGAAGAUCAGCCCAAGACGACCUUCACGUGCCCCUUCGGCACAUUUGCUUUCAGACGGAUGCCUUUUGGCCUGUGCAAUGCACCCGGGACCUUCCAACGGUGCAUGUUCUCCAUAUUCUCCGACAUGCUCGAGGAUUGCUUACAGGUAUUUAUGGAUGACUUCUCUAUCUUUAGCACCUCAUUUUCCGAUUGUCUCCAUAACUUAUCUCGUGUGCUUGGGAGGUGCAUUGAGUCUAACUUAACAUUGAGUUGGGAGAAAAGUCAUUUCAUGGUGACUAGUGGAGUCGUGCUUGGUCAUGUAGUAUCGAGUCGGGGGAUUGAGGUUAACAAAGCAAAAGUUGAUGUUAUUGAAAAACUUCCCCCGCCUGUGAAUGUAAAAGGUGUUCGAAGCUUUUUGGGUCAUGCUGGCUUUUACAGGCGAUUUAUUAAAGAUUUUUCAAAAAUCAGCCAGCCCUUGUGUCACUUGCUUGCUAAUAAUGUGCCUUUCGUGUUUGAUGAUGCAUGUUUAGAUGCUUUUGAUAUAUUGAAAAAUAAGCUUGUGACUGCUCCUGUUGUGAUUGCACAUGAUUGGUCUUUGCCAUUUAAGAUUAUGUGUGAUGCAUCGAACCUUGCUGUGGGAGCCGUUUUGGGCCAACGAGUUGAUAAAUUACUUCGUGUAAUUUAUUAUGCUAGUUUGACCUUGAAUGGUGCCCAAUUGAAUUAUACGACCACUGAAAAAGAACUUUUAGCCGUUGUAUUUUCCCUUGAAAAAUUUAGAUCUUACAUUUUGGGGUCUAAGGUAAUUGUGCAUUCUGAUCAUGCGGCUCUUAGGUAUCUUUUGAGUAAAACUCAAUCGAAACCUAGGCUUAUUAGGUGGAUUUUGUUAUUGCAAGAGUUUGAUGUCGAAAUUCGGGAUAUGAAGGGUUGUGAAAAUGUUGUUGCUGACCACUUGUCUCGCAUUGUUCCUUCUGAUCCUUCACUUGCAUUGCAUGAGCAAUUUUGUAUCAAUGAUGAUUUUCCAUAUGAGCAUGCAAGUGAAGUAACUAGUGUUCCUUGGUAUGCAGACAUAGUGAAUUAUCUAUCAGACGGUGUUUUGUUGGCUAACUUCUCUUCCCAAGAAAGGAAACGUUUUUUGUUGAUGUGCAGGAGCUAUUUUUGGGAUGACCCAUUCCUUUUCAAGAUAGGAAAAGAUGACAUUCUACGGAGGUGUGUGCCCGAGGAAGAGCAAUUGAAUGUCCUUACCUUUUGCCACGAGCUUCAGUGUAGGGGACAUUUUGGAGGUCGAAAGACCGCCUUUAAAGUCCUCCAAUCAGGUUUGUUUUGGCCAACUCUCUUUAGAGACGCUCAUAGUUUUUGCAAAUCUUGUGAUAGAUGCCAAAGACUUGGGAACAUUGGUCCUUGGAAUGAAAUGCCCCUUGUGAACAAUUUACAAAUUGAAAUUUUUGAUGUUAGGGGUAUUGACUUUAUGGGACCAUUUUCCAUAUCUUUUGGCUUUGAAUAUAUUCUUCUUGUUGUAGAUUACGUGUCCAAGUGGGUUGAGGUCAUCCCCACACGAACAUGUGAUGCUAAUGUGGUUAUCAAGUUUUUGCGAGGACAUAUUUUGAGCAG